AUGGCACCAGCUCCCAUCCCGAAUGACGCCAUGAAAGAGUUUAAGCUCGAGGAUACCCCUGCCAUCACCAAUAGCGAGGUCAACGCCUCGUCUUCGAAACCAUCAGAAUCAGACAUGUUAUUCUACUACAAACAUCUCUUGCCAUUCAAGCACAUUUUCCACUGGCUAUCCCACUCGCCGAAACCAACUAGAGACUUUACCAUGCGUGAGUUUGCAUACGAGUAUCGCUCUGGAGCGUACCAACGGUACAAUGCUUACUCCACCAGCGAAGACUUUAAAAAGCUGGUGUGUGCUGCUAACCCAACACGGUUCGAGAUUGGGGCCGUCUACAAGGUGAGCCCCAAAGAGCGUAAAAACUUGCCCAAAUCCGCAAUGAAGCCUUUGGAGAAAGAACUAGUGUUUGAUAUCGAUUUAACUGACUACGACGGCAUCAGAACUUGUUGCUCCGGCACCAAGAUUUGUGAAAAAUGUUGGAAGUUUAUUCAAGUUGGAGCGCGAGUCAUUGAAGCUGCCUUGCGCGAAGAUUUCGGGUUUGAGCACUUGGUUUGGGUGUUUAGUGGACGUCGUGGUGCACAUUGCUGGGUUAGCGACGCCAGGGCUAGAAAGUUGGAUGAAGUGGGCAGGCGUGCCGUUGUUGAAUACUUGGAUAUCCUAGGUGCCAAGAGUCCCAAAACACAAACUGGAGUGCAUAUCAAGCGGCCCUUGCACCCGCACGUCGAGCGGAGUUUUGAGGUUUUGAAGCUGGUGUUCUAUGACAUUGUCUUGAUUGAUCAGGAUCCUUGGUUGACUCAUUCGGGGACGGAUGAAGAAGGAUGGAAAAAGAUUGACGAAGCGUUCUUGGGGUUUUUCCAGCAAAAGGAACUACGUGAUGCGCUUUGGAAGAAAUGGACCAAAGAAAGCAGCAAAAUAAGCCAUUCAAGGGACAAAUGGGAAGAUAUCAAUCUUGUCGCUUCCCAGAUAUUCAAACUGCAGCAGCAAAUUGCCGUGUUGAAUGAAGCCAAGAAGGAUAUCAUUAUCUAUUACUUGUACCCGAGGCUAGAUGUUGAAGUGUCGAGACAAAUGAUCCAUUUGUUGAAAUCUCCAUUUUGUAUUCACCCGGGCACGGGCAAUGUUUGUGUUCCCUUUGACCCCACAAGAAGCUUAGUGGAGGAUGAUCACGACGACAACGACGACGAUGGUGUAGGCGGAGGUUAUGGGUUUAAUCCCAUGACUGCGCCGAAUUUGAAGCAGUUGCAGUUGGAAUUGGAAGAGAAGUCUGAAGCUGAAACUAGAGGUGAGGAAAGUGGAGGAGUAGGCGAAGGUGAUCGGGUUGUUCCUGCUUGGGAACGAACGAGCUUGAAGCCGUAUGUUGAUUUUUUCAGGAAGUAUGUCCAACGGUUGUUGGUGGAGGAGAGGAAGGGCAAGAGAGGAUUAGGCGAGGACAUUGAAGGUGGUGGUGGUGGUAAGGAAGAUGCAAAUGUAUUUGAUUUCUAA